GGGUUAGUUUAUCCGACUUCGUGAGAGUGCAGUGAACUGUCUACAUUCAGGUGUUGCGAUUUAUUUAACGGCGCAGCAAUGUUAAAGUGUUUAACCGAAUGAAAGACACAUCGAACGAAAAUUAUUUUGUUACCAUCAACAAACCUACAAUUCAUCCGUGAUUAAAUGUCAGCAUCUUCAAAUGUGAAGUGAAUAGAUUUCUACGCGAAGCGGUGAUUGAAAAAAUCGACUGGGUUUUCAGAUAUAAUAUGGAGCACAAAGAUUCAAGUGCAAGACUGAUAUGAAAUGACUGCAUUGUUGCGAGUAGUGAAUGAAAUAUUGCAAUAAAACAAUGAACUGUAGGAAACGGUAAGGGUGUCUGAUGGAAGACAGAGAACAGAUAUACACGACGAGGACUGGAAUUGUCCUAAGCUCCGAAACAUAAAUUCAAUAUUUUGUGGUGAAAUUCUGUGUGAAAACAUAAAUUAAUCAGCAAUUUAUACAUCGGAAAUGGAACAGUUGGUAAGAAUACCGUGCAGCAGUUCUUUGGCCUCUGUGACGCCAUUUUCAAUAGCGGACAUUUUGAUGACCCGGGGGCAGGAUGUCCUUGACAGGGCGCAAACGCAGGAUCAAGCUCUGGACAUGACUCGCAAACCGGCCGGCAAGUUACAUGAUGACGCCAUGUCCGAUAAUGGGAUUCUGUCCGGAGACUCUUCCUCGCCACCAAGCGUCUUAUUCACCAGAUCACCGCCACCCAGCGUUGGAUCACACCAUCUCCAUUUGAGCCAUCAUCCGCAGAUCGGCAAGCCGAGCUUCUUAUCAUCAAAUCACCACCACCAACCACAACAGCAGCAGCAGCAGCAACGCAAGAAGCGAUCAAGAGCCGCGUUCUCUCACGCUCAGGUGUACGAGCUGGAGAGGAGAUUCAACCAACAGCGGUACUUGUCCGGGCCAGAACGCGCGGAUCUGGCUCACGCGUUAAAACUAACAGAGACACAGGUGAAAAUCUGGUUCCAAAACCGGAGGUACAAAACCAAGCGAAAACAGUUGCAGCUUCAGGAACAGAACACGACGGCAUCAGUACUGACAUCUGGCGGAUCGAAUUCGUCUUCGGCCAAAAGAGUAGCUGUCAAGGUUUUGGUGCGUGACGACCAGCCAGUGUUAGCUGGAGGAUUUAGUGCUGCCAACACCAAGUCUAGUGCACCCUCGUCUAUAUUGUACCCCCAUUCAGGCUCCCUACCCCUCCCCUUCCCUUACUAUUACUACCCUUUACUUUGCCCACCGACUCCGACUGCAGCGCCGCCGCCACUCACUUCAUCCCCAACGUCACAACACAGUAAUGGCAGCACUAGUGCCCCGCAGUGACGGAAACUAGAACUGUUGUAUUGAAAGAAACUUAGAAGUCGAAUCACUCUAUUUUGGUAGGAUUUGAGGCUUUGCGGCUGUGAGUACGAGUCUGGAAGAGGUUUACCAACGUUUCAGAGGUCCCUGAUGCCUCUAUCAUCAGAGUGAUGAGGCAUCGCCCUGAUGAUCCAGACAACCCAGAAGACAGCCAUCUUCGUACUUUGAUAUUUUGUUUGUUUGGACUUGGAAUAGUUGUCAUCCACUUUACGCUAGUGUGGUGAGGAGUACGAAAGUGUUAAAACAUUUUAAUGUAGUUGGCAAAUAACCCAUCAUACGAGUAUUAAACAUGGAACAAAUCAUUUAAUCAAAUUAAUACACGUUUUUGGAAGAAAAUACAAUUUACCUUAUGCCAUUAAACUUUGGGUGGUUAAGUUGUAGAAAACUUGUAGGUACCAUACAGUUGCUUGCGGAAAUAGAUCCAGUUUCCGAAACGUCGUGUUCUUAUGAAUACCAGACGAUGGACAAAGUGCAAGAAUUUAGUAAUCAAGAAUGUAACUUACCAUUGUCUGGAUACUUUAAAAUUAAAAUGAAGUGUAUUCGCGCGACAGUGAUGACCUUAAAAUUCUUAAUGGUACACAUUUCGAAAGUGCUCUGUGCACAAUGUUAUUAUAAUAAAUUAAGCCGAAAUGACUUCUCUGAAAUCGGUAAAAUUUAUGCGUUAAAAUAUGCAAAGAAAUGGUUUUAUUUUUGAUGUAAAUUUCCUUGAACGUAACACAUCCGCAGAACCUCAUUACAGACAUUGCAAGUACCGACAUACAAUCCCGUUAAAAAAUGUGUAAUUUAUUAAAGACUCAAUGCUGUUAAUGAUUCCAGUUCUUGCUGUUAGAUCUACUGAAUUAUACUGUUGUUAGAAGUCUUGUGUCUUUUCAAUUGGCACUACUGAUAUAUAAAGCACUCAUUAUUCUACACCUCACCUUUAGUCAAUCAGACUAUAGUCUGUCCCUGAGAAUGCACAACUGGAAAGUUCGUCUUGUUUCUAUCCGCGAUUUUCCACAGUGCUGCCAAGAGCCUUUGGAAGUAAAAUAAAAUCUCACUUAUAGACUAUUCUGAAUGCCGUGAUUUCGGAAAUGUUGAGUCCUAUGAAACGUUUACAUUUAUGUUGAUUUUUGAGCUUUCAUCAGAAUUAUAAUCCCACCACAAACACAUUGCUGACACUGAAAUUAAAACAAUUGUCAAAUCCACACUUUUAAUUCGGUAUUACAGUAACAGUUCCAACAUUCUAGUUCCUCUAAUGUAACAUGCCGUAUGGUUUGUAUCCAGUUUCAGAAAGUAACACAAAUACUGAUGUGUGAUUUAUUUUUAGUGGAUUCAAUAUAGAGUCAUUUUAAUGCACUGUUCAUAAAUUUACGGACAUUCUGACAUCAAAACAUAGAUACAUGAAACUGAUUCCGUUAGGACGAUGUUUUAACGUCUGUACCAGUUCAGUUCAGUUCAGUUACAUUUUGUAAAGACAGUUUUUAUGUUCUGGAGUCCGCGUCGUGCACGGUAUAUUGGAUUUAAUAAUAAAUAAAAUUUAAGUCAGAACGUGAAACGUCAAAAAUAAUUACUUCUUGUACAAACAUAUAUAUAAAGAUUUUCAAGUCCAGAUUAAAAUGUCAUUUGUACAAAUAAUGCAUUGAACUUGAAUGGGAAAUAAAUUGCAAAAUUUAUACUCCUAAAACGACACAUUGCUUUUCAGUCAGUUCGUCUCAAUCUGUGUGUUAAAUACAACGCUGUGAUUCACAGGCCUCAAAGAACGUUUCCGAAAUUACGUUAUUGAGAAUAAUCUAUUAGUGUGUUCUGUCACAGCUGAUAACAAUUUGUUGUUAACUGCAAUGCCAAUAUCGUGGCACGCACAUAGCACCAAUAAAGUGUCAAAUGCACAGGAAAAUAAACACUUUCA